AUGUCUCCUCACAAGGUCGAGGCCGAGGCCGUGGUCGACGGCCUCAAGUCCGGUGCCAGCGCCAGUCCCAGCAUCAGCAAGAUUGAUCCUGAUCCGUCCUGCCUAGACCGAGGUGGCACUUUCACCGACUGCCUGGGAAUGGUCGAGGGGCGAGACGACGACAUCGUAGUCAAGCUGCUCUCCCAAGACCCCGGCAACUAUGCAGACGCCCCGAUUGAAGGCAUUCGACGCAUCCUGGAGAAGGCCACCGGCACCACCAUUCCGCGCAACCGGAAGCUGGACACCGCCGAGUUCGCCGACUUCUCAGUGCGCAUGGGCACCACGGUGGCGACCAAUGCGCUGUUGGAACGCAAAGGGGAACGAGUCGCGCUCCUGAUCACCAAGGGCUUCAAAGAUGCCCUGGUCAUUGGCAACCAGUCUCGGCCCAAACUGUUCGCGCUCAACAUCGAGCGGCCGGGCGUGCUCUUUGAAGACGUGGUCGAGGUCGACGAGCGCGUCACCAUCGAAGACUAUCAGCAAAACCCGCUGCCCGACCCCGAAAGGCUGAGCCGGGCGCUGGAGACCGACCCAGACCUGACCACCGGCGUCAGCGGCGACGUCGUCCGCAUCCUGACCCGGCUGGACGAGGCGAAGGUCAGGACGGAUCUACAGAUGCUCUUCGACAAAGGAUACCGCUCCCUCGCGGUGUGCCUGACUCACUCCUAUACCUUUCAAGACCAUGAACUCGCCAUCGAAAAGAUCGCGCGAGACAUCGGCUUCCCCCAAAUCUCCCUGUCCAGCCAGCUUCUUCCCAUGAUCAAGAUGACCUCUCGAGGCACCUCGGCCACGGUAGAUGCGUACCUCACCCCGGUCAUCAAGCAAUACAUCCAAGGCUUUCGGUCCGGGUUCAAAGACGAACUCAAGUCGGACGAAAGUCGAUGCGAGUUCAUGCAGAGUGACGGUGGCCUGGUGAAUUUCGAAAAAUUCUCGGGCUUGCGCGCCAUCUUGUCCGGCCCGGCGGGUGGUGUUGUAGGCUGCGCCAGGACCUCGUACGACCCCGAAGACCGAACACCCGUGAUCGGCUUCGACAUGGGCGGCACCAGUACGGAUGUGUCUCGAUUUGACGGCACGUUCGACCACACCUUUGAGAACACCACCGCUGGGGUGACGGUGAUGGCUCCCCAGCUCGACAUCAACACGGUGGCCGCGGGCGGUGGGAGCAUCCUCUUCUGGCGCCACGGCCUAUUCGUGGUGGGCCCGGACAGUGCCGGCGCCCAUCCCGGACCGGCAUGCUAUCGGAAAGGCGGCCCCUUGACCGUGACGGAUGCCAACCUGUUCCUGGGCAGGCUGUUGCCCCAAUACUUCCCGCAGAUCUUCGGCCCUCACGAGAACGAAGGACUGGACGUGGAGAUUACGCGGCAGAAGUUCCACGCGCUCGCGUCGCAGAUCAACCAGGAGAGCGGACAGACGAAGACUCCCGAGGAGAUCGCGCUCGGCUUUCUCGAGGUGGCCAACGAGUCCAUGGCCAAGCCCAUUCGCGCUCUGACCCAGGCCCGGGGCUUCGACACGUCGGCCCACAACCUAGCGUGUUUCGGCGGCGCAGGAGGCCAGCACGCGUGUGCCAUCGCGGCCUCUCUGGGGAUCCGGACGGUCAUCAUCCACCGGUAUUCGUCCAUCCUCUCGGCGUACGGCAUGGCCCUGGCGGAUGUGGUGCACGAAGUGCAAGAGCCGGCGUCCGGGGUGCUGGAUGCGGCUGCCAUGCCCAAGGUGGAGGCGCGGAUCGCGGAACUCAAGAAGAAGGUCAACCACGAGUUGACCAGCGACGGGAUUCCGCCGGACCAGAUCCAGCACGAAGUCUACCUCAACCUGCGAUACCAAGGCACCGACAACUAUCUGAUGAUCCUGGAGCCCGAAGACCGCGACUUCAAGGCGGCCUUCAUGAGGGACCAUCAGCGGGAAUUCACCUUCACGUUCGCCAACCGCAACAUCCUGGUGGAAGACAUCCGCGUGCGUGGAGUGGGCCGAUCGGCAUCGUCAUCCACCUGGUCCGAGUCGCCCCACGCGGAGCUGAAGAGCAUCCGGGCCUUUAACGUCGGGGCGGAGGCCCAGGACGACACGGCGACCGUGUACUUCAGCCAGACCGGGCAUGUGGCGACGCCGGUCUUCUUCCUCGGCAAUCUGAAGCCCGGCAGCCUGAUCCACGGGCCGGCCAUGAUCAUCGACCAGACGCAGACCAUCGUGGUCGAGCCCGAGGCGACGGCGACCAUCAUCUCGCGCCAUGUGAUCUUGAACGUGGCGUCGAGGAAGGCGCAGGCCGUCGACCAGUCGGCCGUCGGGGUCGACCCUAUCCGGCUAUCCAUCUUCGGCCACCGAUUCAUGUCGGUGGCGGAGCAGAUGGGCCGCAUGUUCCAGAAGACGUCGGUGUCGACCAACAUCAAAGAGCGGCUCGACUUUUCGUGCGCCCUGUUCUCGCCCGACGGCAAACUGGUGGCCAACGCGCCCCACGUGCCGGUGCACCUCGGAUCGAUGGAGUACGCGGUGCGGUACCAGCACGCCCGGUGGGCGGGCAACUUGAAGCCUGGCGACCACAUCCUCACGAACCACCCGCUCGCCGGCGGCACGCACCUGCCCGACAUCACCAUCAUCACGCCGGUCUGGGACGAAGCGGGUCAGAAGAUCAUCUUCUACGUGGCGUCGCGCGGCCACCACGCCGAAAUCGGCGGCACGCGGCCGGGGUCCAUGCCGUCGGACAGCCGCAUGCUGUACGAAGAAGGCGCCAUGACCAUGGGGUUCAAGGUGGUGUCGGGCGGGCAGUUCGACGAGGCCACGGUGCGCAAGUUCCUGUGCGACGAGCCGGCCGCCUACCCGAACUGCAGCGGCACACGCACGUACAACGACAACGUGUCGGACCUGAAGGCUGCCAUCGCGGCCAACCAGAAGGGGGCGCAGCUGAUCGGCGUGCUGAUCGACGAGUACACGCUGCCGGUGGUGCACUUCUACAUGGACGCGAUCAAGGCCAACGCUGAGGUAGCGGUGCGGCGGUUCCUGCAACAGGUCGGGCGCGACACCGGCGGCAAGCCACUGCGCUUCUCGGAUUUCGUCGACGACGGCACCGAGAUCCGGCUGGAGAUCCGCAUCGACGCGGCGACGGGCGGGGCGGCGUUCGACUUCACCGGCACGGGCCGCGAGACGUUCAACUGCCUCAACGCGCCCAAGGCGAUCGCGCACUCGGCCAUCAUCUACUGCCUGCGCGCUCUGAUCAACGUCGACAUCCCGCUCAACCAGGGCUGCCUGGCGCCCAUCGACGUCAUCAUCCCCGAGGGCACACUCCUAAACCCGUCGGGCUACGCGGCCGUGUGCGCCGGCAACCCGACCACGUCGCAGCGCAUCACCGACGUGAUCCUGGGCGCCUUCGGGGCGUGCGCCGCGUCCCAGGGCGACUGCAACAUCAUCUCGUUCGGCAUGGGCGGCAAGGACGUCCACGGGAACGAGAUCCCCGGCUUCGGCGUCGGCGAGACCAUCUGUGGCGGCUCCGGCGCCGGUCCGUCCUGGCACGGCACGUCGGGCGUCCACGUGCACAUGACCAACACGCGCAUCACCGACCCGGAGGUCUACGAGCUGCGCUACCCCAUCAUCCUGCGCCAGUUCGCCAUCCGACCCGACUCCGGCGGCCGCGGCCUCUACCACGGCGGCAACGGCGUCGUAAGAGAACUCGAGUUCCGCAUCCCCCUGUCCGUCUCCAUGCUCAGCGAACGCCGCGUCUACCGGCCCUACGGCAUGGCCGGUGGCGAACCCGGCGCCGCCGGUCUGAACCUGUACGUCAAGAAGGAGCUGGACGGCACCGAGCGUAUCAUCAAUAUCGGCGGCAAGAUGGAGCUGAGUGCCCAGCCGGGAGAGCGCAUCCUCAUCCACACCCCGGGCGGCGGCGGAUGGGGUCGUCCGUCCGACCAGUCGUCGCUCGAUAUCUCUCACUCCCAAUCUGCCGUGCCUGACAAUUUGCGCUUCCAGCCGAGAGGGAGCGUCUAUACCUGGACCAUGGCUGCCGAAUCUGCACAGUGA